AUGCGCAGUGGCUCUUCUGUGCGCUCUACUGUUUGCAUUGUGUCUGAGCUGCCGGUGAGCUUUAAAAAUAUUAUAACCACCGCGGCAAUGUCGGGCAGGUCGGUCCGAGCUGAGACCCGGAGCAGGGCGAAAGAUGACAUCAAGCGGGUCAUGGCCGCCAUUGAGAAAGUACGAAAAUGGGAGAAGAAAUGGGUGACCGUUGGAGACACGUCCCUUCGUAUCUACAAGUGGGUUCCAGUGACGGAGCCCAAAUCAGACGAUAAAAACAAGAAUAAAAAGAAGGGCAAAGAUGAGAAAUAUGGCUCAGAGUUGACAACUCCAGAGAACAGCUCCUCUCCAGGCAUGAUGGACAUGCAUGACGACAACAGCAACCAGAGCUCCAUCGCCGACUCGUCCCCAGUGAAACAGGAAAACAGUUGUAGCACCAGCCCUGCCCCAGAACCCGCCGUACUGUCCCACCGUGAGACCAGCGAGGCCAAGACGACAGACCAGAGCCCAGACAGCAAGAGGGGUAAGAGCAUCCCUUCAUCAGAGACCUCAGAGAGAGCACAAAGUGCCAAGAGAGACAGUUCAUCCUCAGGGGAGAAGGACUCUUCAGACAGCAAAGCCACUCAGGACCUAGAGGGGGAGGCUCCGCCCACCAAGAAGAGCAAACAGGAGUCCUCAUCUCAGGACUUUGAGGAGAGUUAAACGUGUGUGGCUGAGUCAUUUUCUCUCCUUCACCCUCCUCCUUACUUCCUUCCCUCCCUCCUUCUGUAUCUCCUCCCUCCAUUAAGUCUAGAUAAUUUAGGGCUAAUGGACACACACUGGCUCUCCCCCCCCACUCCUCUUCCUCUCCCCACCUUCAACACCACAGGGAGAAUGGACGUCUCUCUUCCUCCCUCUCUCCCCUCCACCUUGACUCCGCCUCCUCCUCCUCCUCCUCCUUUUGCAAUUUGCCACCUUUGCCGUAACACUCCUCUGCCACAGAGGGAGAACGGAUAUUACCUCUCUUCACUGGUCCCUCCGUGCUUCCUUCCACUUCUCCACACUUUUUCACUAAUGCCAAGAGAAGCUCUGAACCCAGGCCACAAUCCCCUCUGUGACCAGAGGCAGCGCUGUUGGCCCAGUCCAGCCACCGCCAGGCCAGACCACAAACCCUGACCUGCAUCUGUGACUAGAAGAGUUUAUAACCAUGGGGAUCUGAGGUCAGGAUGAGGUUGAUCCCAGACGCUGCUGCUCUGAGACCGUUUUGUUUUCACUGCUAACGGUUUAGCUCAGGUUAAAGGCUAACCAGGUCUCAGAUCAGCAGCCAGAGAGGAGACCACAUGGCCUCAGUCCUCCUGAUUCGCCUCCUGUUAGACUAAUGUUCUAUAUUUGUUUAGGAUAUGUUUAGGGUUUUUGUUCUCAGGAGGGUCAAUGCACUGUUAUGGUAUGUCACAAUCGAUCACAGAUAGAUUUGCUGCUGUAGUGGACGUCUUUUUUCUCUAUCCAUGAAAACUCCUCCAUUCACGUUUUGGUUUUUUGUUUUUUGUUUUUUUACAAAAAAGAGGUUAGUUUGGUUUGUAGCGGAGAAAGAUGAUGGUAGUGGUCACAAUACGGACUCUUGGAUAAGAAGCGUAGACAGGCAUAGCAUUAGCGUCGCUCCUGAAGUUGUGCCUUGAGUUGCUGCGUUUGAAUAUGAUUUAGGUCAAACUGGUUUUGAAUUUACAAUCUUAGUGCCAUAUUUGUUCUUUUUUUUUUUUUUGCCUUAAGAUCGUCACUGUUUUGUCCGAUAUUUACAUUCACCUGCAACUGUUUUGAUUUAAGUUAAAAGAAUAGUUGAGUAUUUUGUUUUCUCACAGAGCUUGAAAAUGACACUGAUGUGACGACUGCCUGUGUCUGUUUGCUAAAGCUACCGUUAGCAUCAACUGCACUGGAAUCAAGGGCAAACGACAAGCUUGACUCCAACAGACUAAAAGUGGUCAAUACACAACAUUACAUAAAUACAUGAAAUGACUUUUCUUCCUGAAGAAAACGCGUCAAUCUUUUUAACGGAAAGAUUUUAAUGAGCUUCUGAAGUGUUGCUAUCUGUUCUCGUGUUCAGUCUUGAUGCUAAGCUAACAGCCUUAUCUCACAGACACAGAAUGCUAUCCGGCUUAUUUCAAUCACGUUUGUUUCCAACCGUUUGAGACUGGAACUUGAACACUACUCACAGAUUGAUGUCGUUUUGUCUUCUGAACAUCUUGUAGAACCUGAUAUGUCAGAAUUCCCUGGUCACUGGUCUGUGUUUAACUUCAGGUGGCAUAUUUUGUUGUUAUUGUUUUUUUCCCGCUUUCAAGUAGAAAAAAAGACAGUUGCUGAUACGUGUGGUGCCUUCAAAUGGGAAUAAGGGAGUUGUUAAAGGAAUACUUCACCGAUUUGCAUUUAGCUUUGUAUUACUAGAAUAGGGGUAAUAUUUUUGAAAAUGGUGCUUUCCAACCUCAGUUUCCCCUGAGUUGAGAAAUAUCUUCAUUCUUUUCUUUGUUACGCGCUCACCAGUGACACUUGGUCCUGUUAGCAUAACUGUUAGCAAAGAUGGCGGACACUGUUUACAUUCUGGGAAUGAGGUCCUGUCCCCUUACGAGUGGGUCUAAAAAUUGCGGAAUUAGCGUUGCAGUUUCAAGCCUCAGACCAAGUGUCACUGGUGGACACGUAACAAAAAAAGAAUGAAGAUUCGACUCGGGGGAAACUGAGGUUGUGAAGCACACAUUUUCAAAAAUACUACCCCUAUUCUAGUCAUACAAAGCUAAAUGCAAUGCCAUUUACAGCAUGGGAAGUUUCAAACACAAUGUUCAACUGGUAAAGUUGUUUCAAAAAAAGCCGUUUUCAAACAAUGGCAACACCCUAAAAACGUAAAAACUCACUUAAACCAUCGUGAAGUUAGGUCUUAUAGUGCUGAUGAAGCCUGUCCGCUCCACACAGGAAGUGUUCUCUUUUUCUGUAAGGACAAAGGCGACGUUAUGCUAGAAGAUUCCAUGAAAAAUCCUAGUAGUUCUGGAGUUUGAUGGGCUAAAUGCUUCUUGUUUCCACCUGCCCCUGCGCUGCCACUGUAUACACACAAAUGCCCUCCCUCUUUCAGGUGUGAUAGUUUUGCUUGACGGAGCCAGUUUUCAGAUGAAGGAUGUAGCAUCACAGAUAAUGUAACAAACUGUCUGCUCAAAGACGAACCAGAGGCCGAAUAAUAACAAAAUCACCCCCUCAAAAAAAGUUACACACUGCAGCUUUAACUGAAAAAGUGAAUGCGACGCGACAUUUGAAGGCACCAUGACUUCAGCGCCACCACUUUGUGUGUCUCGGCCUCUCAUCUCUGUACAUGUCCGGUGUGUCGCGACUCUCUGACCCUCGGACGUCUCGUCUCGGCGUUUUAGCUCAAACGUAAGCUCCUGUCCUCCUCCAAGGUGCUGUCUGUGGGCUGAAUCCAAAACACGUGUGGCGUCAAGCUCUUAGUUUUGUGCAGACUCGAUCUGAAAAACCGUAAGGAUUCAGACCCGCGACCUCUUAAUGUUCGACCUCACCCGAAUUCAUCUUUUGGUUUUGUUUUUCCUCAAAAUCAAUUGAGCAGCCACUGGCUGAUGAUGUCACGACAGGGGGCUACAGGAGAAGGUCAUGACAACACCAGAGUUACUUGAUCUGAUUUCAGCAAAUCAACAUUCACAUGGAUGGAGAGAAUUUUUUUUUUUUUUUUUUUUUUUU